AUGCAGCACAUCUCCUUCAUCAUCCUGGCGUUGCUCCCGAAGCUGCUCCUCGCCAGUGUACUCCGUACACUAGAUACCCUUGAAACGACAACGACCUCAGAAACCUCUACCACCCCAACAAUUUCUCCAACGAAGACCACUAUCACUACUUCUAUGGGAACGACGACAACAACUCCGGCCGGCCCUCCCUCACCUACGCUGCCUAACCUCGCAAAGGAUUGUGAUAACUUCCAUUUGGUCGCUUCUGGGGAUAGCUGCUACACCGUCCAAACAAAGUAUGGCAUCAGUGCAGACCAAUUGAUGAUGUGGAAUCCUUCUCUAAACACUGAGUGCAGUAACCUUUGGCUAGGCUAUUAUGCCUGCGUUCACGUUCCUGGUGCUACGACAUCGGUGCCUACGCCCACACCUACACCCAAGGGCCCACAGCCCCAGAUGCCGGGUAUCGUGGACAACUGCGAAAAGUUCUAUCUUAUUAAGGAUGGUGAUAGCUGCUAUACCAUUAACCAGGCUACAAGCACCACGCUAGAGCAGCUCCGCUCCUGGAACAAGAAUAUCAACGAGGACUGUAGCAACAUAUGGCUCGGUUACUAUGUCUGUGUUGGUGUAUAA